AUGGAGCGAGCGAAUGAGGAGACGAGCCUGGUGCCUCGCCCGCAGCCGCUGCCAUCCCCUCCACUCCAUCCCUCAACAACAUCCUCCAGGGUCUCAGACACUGAUGCGCUCGUCACGACCUCCCUUGCCAACAGUGUCAGCGUCAGCAAUGGCACAGUCUUCCCGCAAGUGUGCAAUGGUACCAAAGAUCGCCCGGUCUCCGGCAUAGUUCCGCCGUACUGGAGUCACCACCGGAAUGCAUCCCGCACCUCUCAGAUCUCGCUCGAACAGCCCGCCAUCACUCUCGAAGACCACACAGAGGAUCCAGAUUCGGAGACGAGCCGCGGACUAUGGGCCAGGAGUGUAUCUGUAGAUGACCAUGUUGUCGUCCAGGGGAAGUCCGGUAUAGGCGCAUACGUGGUGUGGAGCUGUACCAUACAAACCCUCGAGGGUGGUCCCAUAAACGUUCGAAUGAGGUACUCUGAAUUCGAUGACUUACGACAAAAGCUGGUGUCCUCAUUCCCGCACGCGAAGAACGCCCUACCAGCUCUACCACCGAAGAGUGUUCUCUUCAAAUUCCGCCCAGCAUUCCUAGAAUCUCGACGGGUCGGGCUGGAAUACUUCUUGAACUGUGUCCUUCUUAAUCCUGAAUUUUCUAGUUCGCCAGUCGUGAAAGACUUUCUAUUUGGCCGCAUAUGCUAA